AAUGUAGAUAGCAGAAAAAUGCCAACCAUUGCCCUCCUCCUUGUGACCAAACAGGCAUAGUGACUGUUGGUUGAACAAGAAGUUGUAUGAGCUGGGCAUAGUGGUAUACGCCUGUAGUCCUAGCACUUGGGAGAUGGAGGCAAGGAGGAUGGCAAGUUCAGGCCAACCUGGGCUACAUAGUGAGACCCUCUCUGAAAAAGAAAAGAAAAGAAAAGAAAAAAAUAAAUACAUCAAUCAAUCAAUCAAUAAAAAGAGGUUGUGGGGACAUUGAAAUGAACACACAGGGACCAAGGCCACCCAGAGCUGGAAGGAAGUGAAGGUGACAGAGGGAGAGUCUGAUUUUCAUGAAGCCCAACCAUAUCACUCCUUGCUGUGCCCUGCACCUCCAAGGCAGGCCCAAGACCUUUGAGCCAACCUACAUGGUGGAGUGCGGGGAAGAGACAGAAGGUGCCAUCUGUUCUCCCUAGCACUUCUCUGCUCCAUCCAGCUGCCUGACCUGGCUGCUUGUCCAGUUGGUCCCUGACUCCAGAAAGGGCUUCUCAGGCCACUCUCUGGACACCAUGUUCCUGGGACAGCCAGGGAUGCAGGAAGAAGGUAGGGGAUUGCUGGGUGGCGCAUGACUCUCCCUGGAGCCAGGGAGUCCCUGCAGAGUCCCUUCCUGAAAAUCAUUGACAUAUGGAGCCCUGGCCUGCCUCAUUCUUUCCUCAAAGCCUGGAAGUACUGUCAGGUAACAGCAGGAGGACGGAAGUUAGACAAGGGGAACCAUGUCCUCAGUGAUGAUUCAGUGUAGAGGAGGGAUUGCUAAGGCAUGCCGACACACACAAGAGAUGGCCCAUGAGAGUGCUUCCAGAGCCAGUGGGUGGCAGCAAGAGACUGAGAUGUGAGGGCAGGAAGAACUUCCUGAGGGGCAUGAGGUGGUUGCCUAUAACAGAGUAUAGAUCUCUGUCUCCAGGAGAAAUCUUCAGCCAGAGGAUGGAGGUCAUGGAGAUGGGAAGGGUCUGCAUAAGAAGAGAAGAGGGUGAACACCCCCCACCCAGGAAGCCUGAAAAGAGGGCCAGUAGCCUGAGUCUGAUGAGUAAGGAGCCAAAUGUCCCCUUUGGAAAACAGAAUAGUGCCGUGCAAUGCAGUUUUUGGCAGUAUAGCAGUUAAUAUGUGGGCAUAGGUAAUGGAGCUUGCCCUUAGCUAAAGGGAGCUUCUGAGCAGUCAUGGCAAGGGAAUAAUAAACUUGAUAAAUCAACUGGACAGGCUUGGGAAAUGGGACUGGAGUUUGGAGGUGACUAGAAGGCAGGGCAAAGCCCUAGGCUUUGCAUCAGCAUGCUUGACCUGAGUCUUACUGGGCACUUACUCCCUGCCAAACAGUUUCGCAUCUCUGAGCCUCAGCUUCCUCAUCUGUAAAAUGGGGACCCAUACUGCUUCUUGGGGUCAGAUGCCAUUGCUAGGUGUGGAAAAUGCAGAACUCUAUCAAUAGCAGCUUCAGGGCAACAGUACCUCUAGAUCAAAAGCAAUGUGCUUGUGGUGGAGGUUUCGGAGAUGUGGCAAUGAGCCAUGAGGAUGACAAAAGCAAAUACAGCUGAGGACUUGCAGAGGUCCGGGGGUACUCUGUGCACUUGCACUUUCGUGGGUACCUAUGUAGUCCUCACCACAAUCCUCACAAAAUGGAUUUCAAGAGUCAUCUCCACUUCCUGGAUGAGAAAUGGGUUCAGGGAAGUGGAGAAAUUUGGCUGAGGUCACUUAGGGAGUAGUACUGGAGCUGGGAUUCAAACCCAGGCUGUGAAAUCUGGAGGAUGCAUCUGGAAUGGAUAGGAGGAAGGCUGUGCUGUGGGCAGCUAUGAGGCUUCGAAGAUUUCUAUGCUCACGUGCAAGUCCAUGGGAAAGUAGGGAUAAGGAUCACAUGUAGAAGUGGCUUGCCAGCUGGUGUUGCUGGGAACCCUUGUCUCCUUUCUCUCAGGGGAAGAAGACAGCCUGAAAAUGCUUCAAGAAAAUGCAGGGUUAAGUAAGAGUUACAGAGCAAAUCAAAUGACAGUGAGUCACUCCUGUCACUAAUAGAGUCUUUGUGACACUGUAGGGAAGGGGCCAGAUGACAUUGUGUGUAUGUGUGGGGGGGGUUAAUAAUGGCCAUCAACAUCCCACCCAACCUACCUCCGCCUGUCAGCAAGGUGUGGACCUCAAACCUUGCCUGUGGAGAACCCCACUCCCUCCCCGAGGGAGCCAGUUAGCCCUUACACUGAGCAGAAUAACAAACAGAAGGACUGGCCACUCCUGCCAGGCUCUGGUUCUUGCCAGACAUCGGCUAGAGCCUCAGCUACACCAACUCUUUGCCUCCUCCAGUCCCUUGGACAGAGUGACACUGGUCACACCAGUGGUCCUAAGCAUGUACUUCCUGUGCCUCCUUUUGUCUCUUCCCUGCCCCACAGAGUGCUUCCUGCUGUGAGCCCCAAUUUACCCUUUGGACUCAGCAGCCUAGUAGCCUUUAGGGCACAACCAGCCCUGAAACCCAAGCCUGCCCCCCAUCCAUAGAUCAGCUCCAGGUUCAGGACAGUCUGCCCUCUCCCUUGGUAUAUAGGUAGCCAACCUCCAGGUGGCCAUGGCCUGGUUCACAUCCUUGUUCCCCCUGCAGCUGUGGGUACUGGAGCACACUCUUCACAUUCAGACUUACACAUACUCCCUCUGCUGAGCAUCUUCCUCCUGCUCCCACACACUGCCUGUAGGUACCAUGCUCCUCCUCCCUCCCUUCUCCCCUUUUCUUCUUCUUUCCCUUCCUCCUCCCUACCUGCUACCUGCCCCUCUCUUUCAGCCUGCAUUCCACCUUCUGGAGGCGGGUCUUGGGGCUUCCAAAUUGUGUUGUGCAGUUGGAAGCUCCAGAUCUCACUAAGGAGGGCAAUGCUCAGACUCCAGGCCUUCCUAAGGCUUUGGCUGAGGCAGUCCCUACUGCUGCUCUGCCUGGACAUGUCCUCUGCUUUCAGACCCAGCUCAUUCCCGGCCCUGGGAGGAUGUCUGUCUCUGGAAGACUCAGGUACGUCCAAAGUCUGCUGGACAUCAUGGAAUUCCUGGACAAGGACCCUGAGGACCAACGUACACUGAACCAGUUCACCGAGGCCCUGGUCACCAUCCGGAACCGGCACAAUGAUGUGGUGCCCACCAUGGCACAGGGUGUGCUGGAGUACAAGGACACCUACGGUGAUGACCCUGUCUCUAACCAGAACAUUCAGUACUUCCUGGACCGCUUCUACCUCAGUCGCAUCUCUAUCCGCAUGCUUAUCAACCAGCACACCCUCAUCUUUGACGGCAGUACCAACCCAGCCCACCCCAAACACAUUGGCAGCAUUGACCCCAACUGCAACGUGUCUGAUGUGGUGAAAGAUGCCUACGACAUGGCCAAGCUCCUGUGUGACAAGUAUUACAUGGCCUCACCUGAGCUGGAGAUACAGGAGGUCAACGCUGCCAAUUCCACCCAGUCCAUUCACAUGGUCUACGUCCCCUCCCACCUCUACCACAUGCUCUUCGAACUCUUCAAGAAUGCCAUGCGGGCCACGGUGGAAAGCCACGAGUCCAGCCUCACUCUCCCCCCUAUCAAGAUUAUGGUGGCCUUGGGCGAGGAAGACCUGUCCAUCAAAAUGAGUGACCGAGGUGGGGGUGUACCUUUGAGGAAGAUUGAGCGACUCUUCAGCUACAUGUACUCCACAGCUCCCACCCCACAGCCUGGCACUGGGGGUACCCCGCUGGCUGGCUUUGGGUAUGGGCUCCCCAUUUCCCGCCUCUACGCCAAGUACUUCCAGGGGGACCUGCAGCUCUUCUCCAUGGAAGGCUUUGGAACAGACGCUGUCAUCUAUCUCAAGGCCCUGUCCACGGACUCAGUAGAGCGAUUGCCUGUCUACAACAAGUCUGCCUGGCGCCACUACCAGACCAUCCAGGAGGCUGGUGACUGGUGUGUGCCCAGCACGGAGCCCAAGAACACGUCCACAUACCGGAUCAGCUAGGGGCCACCUCUUCCUCAUGCCCAAGAGGAUGACUGCUGUCUGUGGGUCUGGCCACCAAGGUGACCCUCCCCAUCCCCCAGGGAGUAGGGGCAGGGGUGGUUCUGCCUGAUGACUAGCCUUGUCUGUAUGGAAAUCACCAUGGUGACCAGUCUGUGGUGGUCCCUAAGUGCCAGUCUGUCUCUGUGAAGAUAUCUAGAUGGUCUCCCUAGGACCGUCUCUGUGGUGAUGCCUGGGUGCUGGGAUCACUCCACCAUGGGGUGCCCCAAAGACACUUCCCUAUGGCAGUCUUCUCAGACCAGCACCGUCACUUUUCUGCCAGGAGUCCUGGGUCCCCCUCACUGCCCACACAGCCCUGGCCUUCCACGUGGUUGUCCUGCUUGCCUUAUGCUCCCACCCCUACAGGCACACUGGCCUUGAUCCUGUGUCAGUGUUAGGAAGAGCUGGGUGCCCUCAGAUCUGGGAAGUGCGUGAGGAAGAGGUGCCUCCACUCUGGGCAUUAAGGUUGGCAGAGGUGGUUCUCACCCAAGGCCCACCUCUAAAGUGGAGGAACCUGGGAAGACUCUCAAGGACCUUCAGGUGACUCUGGCAAUGUUUGUGCCAUUUCCUAAGCCUUUCUCAGCAUGUCCUCACAAGCACACCUGCCCUUGGACACCCACUUGGUUCUGCCUGAGCUAUAGACCCCAACCCCACUGUGCCCGAUUUGUGUGUGGGGGUGGCUUUCUCCUUAGAAUGCUCUGUACAUAGCCAGUUUUAUAAUCCUGAAUGCCCACCCUCCCCCUUUGGCACACAGGGGGUUACUGUUGUGUGCUCCUCUCAGCAGCUCUGAUGGUGACAGUGACAUCCACAGUAAAGAGGAGAUGGAGUGAGACUGCUGGCUGUAUUGCUGGGGGAGGGGAUCUACACACACAAAUGCAGUACCCUGUGAGCAGCACUCGCUGGGCUCAGGACGUCCACACUGCUCAGAACAU